AACUCCAUCAGACAAAACAAUGGAAGCUAUCUCUCAAACCUGCACAAAGAUCAUCACCAACUCAUCUUCGAGAACAUAUAAAACCUCAUCUUCGGUCACGGCAAUCCCACAGACCAAGCUGAGCCUUAAAACCAAGAAGGAGAGGUGGGUUGCUGCUGCUAGAUGCGUGGCUUCAGGGUCAGGUUAUGCGGCGGCAAUGGAGCCAAUUACACCGGAGGAAGAGGAGGAAUUGACUCAGAGAAGAGGUAUAUGUGGCGGAGAAGCAAACAGAGGAGUAUGGGAGCUCUUGGAGUGCCUUGAGAAGGAAGCUAUUAUGGGUGAUGAUGAUGGGAGAGACCCUACAGAUUACAAUAGAAGAGCGAAGAUUUUCGACAAGAGUUCUAAGAUCUUCAAGAACUCUAAAGAACAGAGAGAUCAGUCUCCUGUGGAGUACCUUGAGAAGGAAGCUAUCAUGGGGGCUGAUGAUGGGAGAGACCCUAAAGAUUAUAACAGAAGAGCAAAGAUUUUUGAUAAGAGUUCUAAGAUGUUCAAGAACAUCAAAGAACAGAGAGACCAGUCUUCUCCAGAAUAAAUAUAAAAAUUGUUGUCUGUUUGUAAUGAUCUGAUCUCAUUAGUGCUUGAUUCCUUGUACGGUUGUACCUGUACUUUUUUUUAAUAAGGAUCCUCUCAUUGUAACACCAUCUUAAUAAUGUGAAAUUUCUUCU